AUGACCGAGCAACAAAAGCAGCUCGCAGUGUGGAGGCUGGCAAAAGACAUCGGCCAGGAAGACUGGGAUGCUGACGACGAUCCGAGCUUAAUAAAGGGCUUUAAAGACUGCGUGAUCGACUGGAAGACGUGGCUCCUCGUGGUUCUCAAUUUCGGCGCUGUUUCUAGCGGCACCAUCAACAGCUUCUUCCCCACUGUAGUCGGCGGUUUGGGUAAGAAUCGGAUCCACACACUAUUGCUCACUGUACCACCGUACAUGCUCUCUUGUAUGGUCGCAAUGGGUGUCUCCCGAAAUGCGGACCGUACCGGCGAGCGCUAUCUUCAUUUCACCCUGCCACUGUGGAUCUCGGUUGCUGGCUUCAUCAUCUCCGCAGCCACCACAAGCAUCGGGGCAAGAUUACUUUGCGAUGAUGAUCAUGCUGCCGGGUGUCUACACGGCAUUCAUCAUUGGCAUUUCCUGGGUCUCAAACACCAUUCCCAAACCAUCGUCGAAGCGAGCUGCAGCUAUUGCACUUGCAAAUGCGAUCGCCAAUUGUUCAUCGAUAUAUACACCCUAUCUCUAUCCAGAUAG